CUGUCCUUCUCACCAGUCCAGUGUGAUCAGGGCCCAUGUGGCUGCCCUGCACUUCUCCUCCCAACUUUUCAGCUUCUUUUUCUCCCCCUCUGUUGUGGAAGGUCGCUGAACAGGAGGAAAACAAAACGGAGUAAAUGGAAGAGCCUCAACUUUAGUUCCAGUUUGUGUUGUGUAUUCUACUGACGGUCACCACAACCUGAAUAAUCACAAACCCAGCUAAACUUCCAUUGCUUUCCCUGUGUCAACGCAGCUGCAGGAAUGGAAAGAGGAAUUGUGAUAAAAGACGACUGGGCCGGGCACAGUCUGGACCUGUUCACCUACCCACAGCACUACCACGAUGACAUAGAGAGCAUUUACAUCCCACAUGGGGUCAUCAUGAACAGGGUGGAGCGUCUGGCCCACUAUAUCAAGGACGACUUCGGGGACGGCAACAUAAUGGUGCUGUGCGUCCUGAAGGGAGGAUACAAGUUCUGUGUCGAUCUGGUGGAGUUCCUCAAAAUUCUUGGCCGCAACUCGAACAAGUACCUGGAGACCCGGGUGGAGUUUAUUCGUCUGAAGAGCUACCUGAAUGACCAAUCCACAGAGGACCUGCACAUCAUAGGAAGCAGAGAUCUGUCGUUCCUGCGUGGAAAGUGUGUGCUGAUUGUUGAGGCCAUAGUUGACACAGGAAAGACCAUGAAGGCCCUUCUGAAGCAUGUGGAGACCUUUGAACCCAAGAUGGUCAAGGUUGCAGGUUUGCUGGUGAAGAGGGUCCCCAACAUGGCUGAACAUCUGACCGACUAUGUUGGAUUCGAAAUCCCCAACCGCUUUGUUGUCGGUUAUGCCCUGGACUACAAUGAAUACUUCCGUGACCUGAAUCACAUCUGUGUUAUCAGCAAGACCGGAAAGAUGAAGUACAAAGUUUGAGAAGAAUUCAAACCACGAAUUGUGCCCAGAUUUUACACAGCGGCACAAAACUAUGUGUACUUCUUUGUAACUUGUAUGUUUUAAAAAGUUGCUCAAAGCCGCUCAUCCAAAUCUGUUGGAAUGACUUCGUGACAUAGCUUUUAAAUUAAAAACGAUAUGUUCCACGUGAUGUCGUGUUGCCUCGUCCACCCUUUGGGAUAAAUGAGAGAAAGAAGCGCCGCCCACCAGGAGAGGACGUUGGUGACAGAUGGAGCGAGCUUAUGGACGCUGGCAUGGCUGUGCCCGGACACCGCCCACCUCUGACUCAUGGAAAACACACAGUGGGCGCAGCAGCCAGGCCGACCGGCGUCUCCACACUGACAUUUGUUUUCCAGCCUGAACCGGGCUCUGCUGCAGACGGGAAAUAAUAACACAACAAUUCACCAAGCUAAACCAAAAUUGGUGAUGUGUAAGUGCUUGUGUACCAAAUUCCACUCCCAUAGUUUGUCAGUAAAACUCUCUUUGUGUAUUUUAUGCCACAUGUUGAGUAUAAUGUUUUUCACCCACAUUAACUGAGCUGCCACAAGCGACUUCAACUUUUUUCAGACACAAAAUUCUGGAAAUAUAUCAGGAGCAGCUGAUCCAGACUCAAACUCGUUCUCACACACAGGCCCUCCGGAAAAUCUCUGGAAAAUAACCAGAGUUGAUUAAUGUGCAGAGAUAGACACUAGAAAGCUGUUUUUUAAAUUCAUACUAAGGGCGGAAAGUUUCUAUGUGAUCAACUGGUUUGGAACAGUAAUGUUCACAAUGCAAUUACACAUGUCUGAUAUGGAGAAUGGUCUAUUAAGAGAUGUUGAAGACAUGUUGGGGGGAGCUUUAAUGGCAGCAAAACCUUUGAAAUGUAAAAAUGUAUUAAUUGUUCUUUCAUCAUAAAUUCCUCAAUUAACGUUGAGGAAAAC